CUUCAUUAUUUCCAACGUCCCAUCGGUAAAUUACUUGGCAGACCAUACUUUUCGCUGUCGUUACAUCGAGCGACCAUGUCGCGACGGCAACCCCUGGCUAGCCGUAAACGUGCUGCUGGGUAGGUGCCUACCACAGUACUAGACAGGUAGGUGGUCUGGGGGUAUGAUGGGAAAGGAGCAUGGUAAAGGGGCUCCUCAGACAAAAAAGCGGUAGCGAGCCACGUUUCGAGUUUGGGAGAGGAGGGGCCAGAUGACGAGAACCGGGCGCGCUAUCGAUGGGCGAACCGAACCACAUACACAGAGGCGGCAAACCCAUCGGCGGGCGAUCCAUGUCCCGGGCCCGCCGUGGUGUGAGAAGUUGGUUCCGGCGUGGCCUCGCUGCUCGCCCCAAACGCGCGGCUCCGUACUACUGCAUAUUUUUCUGGUCAUGCUUGUUUCGACGGCAAAGGUUUCACACUCACGCCGGUCCCGGCGGGUGCUCCCGAAAGGAGCGCGCCUAAAAAAAAAAAGAAAAACGUCGCGAAAGUGCCAGAGGGCAGUGCGCGUGGUGACGCCUGAAGGAACAAGCAUGGGCUCUCCCAGUUCUCGAGGGCAACUUCGACAGACGGCGGGGCCGCAUGAAGGGGGCUUCCCGAUUUGGCAAGUUUGCGAAACCGAGGCAAACCCCGGCCCUGCGGAUUACAAGGAGAAAGAAACAAAAACAUUCUUCUGGUCCACAAGAAGAAGAAAAGCAACAACAAUAAACGAAAUCGUCCACGUGCAGUCGCGCAAGGCGCCAUCUGAUGGAACCCUCCCUCACGACCCAAAGCUGGGAUUACCACGGCUGGGCAUUUCUACCAUCUGAUGGUGGUAAGGCCAAGAGAUGGAUGACGAUGAGAGCAACGGGGGUAGCCCUGCCUGUCUAGAGGGCUCUACCCGACGGGGCCACUGGGCCACAAAAAGCUCCGCAGCCGUGGGUCGUGGUGAGCUCGCGGUGCUCGCCUCGACACGAUGUGGACUCCUCCCCCGGCCUCGUGGGUUGCCCUUCAUGCCCAGAGUGGCAGCCGGCGGGGCGCCGGUCCCAAUGCGUGAGUCUGCAGCGAGUCAGCCAUUUCCUUUUUGCGACCGGGCUGGCUCCUCGGCGCCGGGACGAGCGGGUUUCGUGCCUCGACCCUGUGCGGCCCUGUGCGGCCCUGUGCGGAGGUGUCGUCAGGGGAGGAGUGAGUGGCAACCGCGAGCAGCGAGGCUCUGUGCUAGCUUGUCACAGUAUCCUCACCGUCUAGCGAUGCUACCCAUAUCAGAGGUCCUUCAAACCGUUACAGGUCCCAGAGGUCACAAACCUUAGUACGGUGGAUCCUGGUGGUACAUCAGUUUGGCUUGGUUUUCUAAGAAAAUGUAUCUUGCAUCCACCGCACUAGGGUUUGUGAUUCCUGGGACCUGUAAAAGGAAAACAUUCCCAUUCUCUCCCCCCUGCUGGCCAGGCACAACGUUUGGUUUUUAUACCGUACCGCCUCCCAGCCGAUCACAAACUCUUCGUCCUCCCGCGGUGAUCACCCCGCCUCACACUCCCUGCACCCCGUCCCUCCCAGCCAUGUCUGGUUGACCGACAAGCAAACACACACACAAACACACACACGAACACACCUCGACAUCCUGCCUUACAACGACGACAACUGCCUGGAGCAGGGAGCUUGGGAACGAACCGCAAAGAUGGCCAAGGGAGUCUCAACUAUGCACGCGGGCGAGGACUGGGGUCCGUCGCUGAUCGCGGUCACGGUCAUCAUGCUGGUGCUGAGCGUCGUUGCCGUCUCGGCCCGAAUCUACACGUCGCUCGUCCUCAUCAAACGCUUCGUGAUUGAGGAUGCCCUGGCUAUCCUGUCAACCAUUGUCUACUUUGUCUUCACCGUCUUCUGCUGCAUCGGAGUCUCCUGGGGGCUCGGCAAGAAGACCACAGACGUGCCGAACCGGCUGCACCACAAGGCGCUGCUUUACAAGUAUCUCGGCAUGGCGGCUUACAUCGCCGUCUCUGGGCUCAUCAAAUUCGUCGUCGGCAUCUACCUGAUCCGGCUGUUCAAAAACUCGCGCCAGAAGUGGCAGACCUACUUCCUGAUCGUGCUGCUCGUCCUGGUCGGAAUCUCCAACACGGCCUACUUUUUCAUCUCUAUAUUCCAGUGCACGCCCAUAUGGGUGUUUUGGCACCAAAAGGACGACGAUUUUACCAUGCAAAGGAACUGCUUCAAGCCCGCCAUCGCGCUGGGUUCCACCUAUACCGUCAACCUCAUCAACAUCGUGGCCGAUCUGGCUCUGGCCCUACUGCCCAUCUCGCUAGUCUGGAAGUCGCAGCUCGACCGCCGAACUAAGAUUUCGGUGGUGGCCAUUCUCGCUGUCGGCUCGGCAUCUUCCUUGGCAACCAUCGUCCGAGUCCCGUACCUGUACCAGCUCCUCGAUAACCCCGAGUACCUCGCCAACUUUGUCGAACUCGCCAACUGGUCGGCCGUCGAGAUCGGCCUGGCCAUCGUGGCCUCGUCGGCCGCCACGCUCCGCCCCCUGUUCCGCAAGCUCAAGGUGUUCACCAGUACGAUGCACAGCCGCAACCGGUACGGCACGGGCUACAGCCAGGGCAGCCGCGGCGGCAAGUCGACCUUCCACUCGCGCAGCCGCAGCUUCGGCUUCCAAAAGGGCAGCGGCUCCAAGGACCUGGUCACGGGCGGCGCCGGCACCAUGUUCAGCGCCAGCGACGUCAAGGGCCCCAUCACGGUCGACACCUCCAUCAGCGUCGACAUCGAGAAGUGCGCGGCGCCCGUCGCCCCCGAGGCGGGCGGCGGCGGCCGGGCCGUCGCUUGGCGCGACACGGCCGACAUGCCCCCGCUGCGGCACCAGAUGACGCGCCACGGCAGCCAGGAAAGCCUGGCUGGCAGCUUCCGGAUGCAGCGGCAGGGGAUGUGGGAGGAGGCCGACGUUGAGGGGGGCCACGGACGCGUCAACGUCACGCGCGUCAACCACAACCACAACGACAACGACGCCGCCACCUACCACAGCAGGAGUAGCAGCAUGCAGAUGGAUGACUGCGGCUCGCCCAGGGGCCGCACCAUGUCGCCCCGCCGCUUCGCCCCGCCGCGGCCCCUGUAUGGGAGCGGGAGGGCGCAGCGGGUGAGGUCCCUGCCCACCCUGGCCCAGUACGAGUCGUCGACGGAGCUGCCGUACCUCAGCUCGCCGUCGACUCCGUCACCUGUGACCCCGGCACUGCCGGCGCCUUCCCCCUACCCGCUGUCGUCGGCGUCGUCCUCGUCAAUACCGUCGCCGAUAUCGCCGCUGCCCGGCACCGCAUUGUCUACGGACUAUCUGCCACCACCACCACCACCCACGCACCCCGGUUCUGGCAGCCGGGCCAACACGCCUUUCAUAUAAUGCGCAUUUCUUUCUUUCUUUCUUCUUCUUUGGUGGCGGCGCCCAUCCUAACGACAUUUUCCUUCGACGAUUCGACUGUAUAAUCUUUCUCUGGGCGGACGGCUUCACUUCAUACCCCUGUAUUAUUUAUUCACGGUUGUGCACACGCAUUUCUACGAUCGGCGAUCACGCAUAUUUUUCUUAUGUCAAUAUACCACACAUGUACCUAUUACCUGUAUCAUAUGCGUUCACGGCCUCCUGGACAAAAAAGAGCCCCAUUUUUUUCUGUUGACUCGAGAAACACUGACUGUUGUGUAUUA